CAAAAAUCUUAUUGGAGUUAUUCAUAUACAGACAGUUUGCUCAAGGACUGCUACCAGAAAGUCCCUCUCUAUAUAAAGUCCUCUGAGAAGAUCAUCUUCCUACAGACUGCCUCCUUACUGGAAGCCUUGUACUUCUGCAAGAAUGAAAACCUUCUUGGCCUGCCUUUUCAUUCUUGCCAUCUGUGUGACAUUAUCUAAUGCAUAUUGCUUCAUGGAACCACUGACGGCAGGGAAGCCUGGUGAAGAGAUUCUAGGCUGCAUUGACCCCAAGGGAAAGAUACGUCAAUUUGGCUCCCAGUGGAGGACCGAGAACUGCCUGGACUGCUCUUGUGGAGAGGAUGGAACGAGAUGCUGUAGCAGCUAUGCAACACCAGUUGAUUUUGAUGGAGAGAAAUGCGAGCGUAUUUUCCAUAAGCAGACCUGCAGUUACCAAGUAGUUGAGAAAGCUGAUCACACAAAAGAAUGCCCGGUCUCUGCAUGGGUGGGCUAA